GCCGCGGGGCCAUUCAAAGAGAAGCUGGCCAACUAUGUUUCCAGUCCCCCUGCUGGCCAAUACGCAUACUUUGCAGAUUACAUCGAAAAAAUAGUGGUGAUGCUGGCGCUUGGAGAAUACGAUCUCGCGAGAGGCUCGGCAGACCCAGACCUCCAGAUGGUUGCCACAAGUGGAGAUGUUGAGCUACUGCAGGCCAAAUUCACGUCGCCUCAAUCUCCCAUGGUGGUUGCGGGAACCCCUUGGUCUGUUCUGAGUCAACCCCCAGAUCCCCUGCAAUUCUCAGUGGAGGGAAGCGGUGAAGUCACCAUUGCUGCGCUGCUCAACUUCGUUCCUGCGGAGCCGCUGCCGUUCCCAACGUACAGAGGCAUCUACGUGGAGCAGGCUAUUCAGCUGAUUGACUCGUCGUCCGAUUUUGAUAAGCCGAUGGGCAUGCCACUGUCGACAGUCCCUCUUGGAUCAAUCGUCAUCGUCACCACCCAGGCAACGACGCCUGACGCCCUGGAUGCAACCACCAUCCGUGUGAUGAUGCCCGGCGGCCUGGAGCCCGUGGAUCCCAACAUUGAAAGCUACUCACUCGGGUCUUGCGCCCUCACGUUUUUCGGUGUCUUCAGAAUCUUUUCGUUCUUCAAUUGCCCAUACCAGGAGACGCUGCCCUCUGUCGUCACCUUCCGCUACAAUCGCCUCCGCCCAGGCACCCAUGUGAUGCGCGUCCGAGCCGUGGCGGCCACGCCCGGCGUGUUUGGGCUUCCUCCCGCUGCCGCCUUCGUCAACUCCCAACCAGAGCUCAUGGGCCUCAGCCCCGCCGGGAGCUUUGAAGUGUGUGACGGAGAGGGCUGCGAGGCUGUGCCCUUGGGGGCCGCUCGGACGCCCAAGGCCUGUCCGCAAGGCUGCAACAACAAUGGGCUGUGCGACCUGGACAAAGGGACCUGCCUGUGCUUCGAGGGCUUCAGUGGGGACGCAUGCGGCGCGCUUGUGAAG